CGCAAUGAACCGCACGCUCGCUCAUACUUUCCCAUCAUGCAGUGCUCUUGCCUGCUCCUAUCGAGCCGCCAUGUUGUCGGAGUGAAUGCCUGGGAGUCAGAAAGAAACUGGGGCUGAAAUCCGUGACCAUCCACCCCCUCCGCCUGCUGUGGUGGAAUGAGCAGUGUGUGUGUGUUGAAGAGGAAAGCAGUGCUCUGGCAGGAUUCGUUCAGCCCCCACAUAAGAACUACAACUCCCAGCAUGCCUGUGGUGCUGAGCAGUGGAGGGCACGCCCCUCCAACAGGGCAAGUCCCUCAGGCCCCCCCUCCAAGCCAGCAGGGUGUGGCGGGUUCCGGGCGCUCCCAGGACGACGCCAUGGUCGACUACUUCUUCCAGCGGCAGCACGGAGAACAGCCCGGGAAGCACCGCUGGCCCACCGGAGACAACAUCCACGACAGCCAGGUGCGGUCGAUGGACGAACUGAAUCAUGACUGCCAGGCUCUGGCUCUAGAGGGACGCACUAUGGGAGAGCUGCUGACGGGGAAGAAGUUCUGGGAGGCGGACGACUCCGGGAAGGACGGGCCCAAAGGGAUCUUCCUGGACCAGUGGCGGGACAGCGCGUGGGGGGCCUCAGAUCACUCCAUGUCCCAGCCAAUCAUGGUGACCCGCCGGCCCGGCCAGGGUUUCCAUGGCGGCGGGGAGGUGGGGGUGGGCUCUGUGAUGUCCCCGCGCUCGGAGAGUGGAGGCCUGGGCGUCAGCAUGGUGGAGUACGUCCUCUCCUCCUCACCCGCUGACAAGCUGGAGUCCUGCCUCCGCAAAGGAGCCUAUAGGGAUGGAGAGGUGGAGGAGGAGAAGAGGGAGAAGCCCAAGGCGGUGUUCGAGGCAGAGAAACUGAAAGAGUUGACGGAGGCCGAAGUGGACGUCAUCCAUGAUGUCAUCAACCCCAACGGCAUGCCCGUGCAGAACGGCCUGGACGUGGACGUGAAGGAGUUCGGCCGGCCCCAAGGCAACAUGCCUCCCCCAGGCCAAGAGGGGGACCUCCUGGGCCCUGGAGGCGUGGGGCCAGAGGGCCUGGCCCCCAUGGGGGGCGGGGGUCCCAAGCCUCCCGAGGACUUCUCCGGCGUGGAGCAGGGCGGCGUCGGCAUGGACCCCAUGGAGUCCGUUAUGGAGCCGCUACAGUUUGACUACAACUCCCAGAUGCCCAUGGACUCCGCCCCCACCGUGGGUCUGUUUGACUACGCCAACCAGCAGCAGCUGUUUCAGAGGAACAACGCCCUGGCUGUACAGCAGCUCACUGCCGCCCAACAGCAGCAGUACGCCCUGGCGGCCGCGCAGCAGUCCCACAUCGGUCUGGCCCCGGCGUUCGUCCCCAACCCUUACAUCAUCAGUGCCGGCCCCCCGGGCUCCGACCCCUACGCCGCCGGCCUGGCCGCUGCAGCGACACUGGGCCCCGCCGUGAUGCCUCCCCAGUACUAUGGCGUGACCCCCUGGGGGGUCUACCCCGCCAGCCUGUUCCAACAGCAGGCGGCCGCCGCCGCCGCCGCCGCCGCCAACAACUCGGCCAAUCAGCAAGCGGCAAACCAGAGCCAGCAGAACCAACAGCAGGUCAUGCGGGGUGGCGGUAACCAGCGACCUUUGACCCCCGGUCAGGGACAGCAAGGCCAACAGAAUGACCAGAUGGUUGCCGCGGCAGCGGUCAACUCGGCCCUUGCCUUCGGUCAGGGUCUGGCAGCCGGCGUCCCUGGCUACCCGGUCCUGGCCCCGGCGGCCUACUACGACCAGACGGGGGCCCUGGUGGUCAACACUGGAGGGCGGAACGGCCCCGUGCGCCUCAUGGCCCCCGCCUCGGUCAUCAUAUCUCCCUCCGCCGCACAAGCAGUCGCAGCGGCCGCUGCCUCAGCCAACGGGGGCGGGGGCGGCCUCGGGGGCGGGGCCAACGGGCCCUUCCGCGGCAUGCAGUCCCAGCAGCAGCAGCAGCAGGGGGGCCCCGGCGGCGCGCUGGGCGGCAGCUCCUUCUACGGCUCCUCCUCCCUCAGCUCCUCCUCCCAGAGCUCCUCCCUCUUCUCUCAGGGCUCCGGGCAGCCGGGCCCCGGCUCCGCCUCCCUGGGCUUCAACCAGCCCACCUCCUCCUCCCUGGGGGCCACACUGGGGGCCACACUGGGCGGCUUUGGGACCGCAGGUAGGGACUACCUGGCGAACUCGAGCGGUGGCGGUGGCUCCAGGCGAGACUCCCUGACGGGCAGCAGUGACCUGUACAAGCGCACGCCCUCCAGCCUCACCCCUAUUGGCCACGGAGGGUUCUACAACGGAACCCUGGGCUUCAGCUCCUCGCCCGGCCCAGUCGGCAUGCCCCUCCCCAACCAGGGCCCCUCCCACUCCCUCACACCCCCGCCCUCCCUGUCCAAUCACAGCUCCUCAUCCAACCUGAACCUCGGAGGUCUGACCAAUGGCAGCGGGCGGUUCAUCUCCGCCGCACCGGGCGCCGAGGCCAAGUACCGCAGUGCCGCCAGCUCCGGCUCCUCCCUCUUCUCCCCCAGCAGUCAGCUGUUCCCGUCGUCACGGCUACGCUACGGCAUGUCGGACGUGAUGCCGUCGGGCCGCAGCCGCCUGCUGGAGGACUUCAGGAACAACCGCUACCCCAACCUGCAGCUGAGGGACAUCGCCGGGCACAUCAUGGAGUUCAGCCAGGACCAGCACGGCAGCAGGUUCAUCCAGUUGAAGCUGGAGCGAGCCAGCUCCGCCGAGCGCCAGCUGGUCUUCAGCGAGAUCCUGCAGGCCGCCUACCAGCUCAUGGUGGAUGUGUUCGGAAACUACGUCAUCCAGAAGUUCUUUGAGUUUGGCAGCCUGGACCAGAAGCUGGCCCUGGCGGAGAGGAUCCGCGGCCACGUGCUGUCCCUGGCCCUGCAGAUGUACGGCUGCCGGGUCAUCCAGAAGGCUCUGGAGUUCAUCCCCUCGGAGCAGCAGGUCAUCAGCGAGAUGGUGCGGGAGCUGGACGGCCACGUGCUCAAGUGUGUGAAGGACCAGAACGGGAACCACGUGGUGCAGAAGUGCAUCGAGUGUGUGCAGCCGCACGCCCUGCACUUCAUCAUCGACGCCUUCAAGGCCCAGGUGUUUGCCCUCUCCACCCAUCCGUACGGGUGCCGUGUGAUUCAGCGCAUUCUAGAACACUGCCUUCCGGAACAGACUCUGCCCAUUCUGGAGGAGCUCCAUCAGCACACAGAGCAGCUGGUGCAGGACCAGUAUGGUAACUACGUGAUCCAACACGUGCUGGAGCACGGCCGGGCCGAGGACAAGAGCAAGAUUGUAGCAGAGAUCAGAGGCAACGUGCUGGGCCUCAGCCAGCACAAAUUUGCGAGCAACGUGGUGGAGAAGUGUGUGACCCACGCGUCGCGGGCGGAGCGGGCGGUGCUGAUCGACGAGGUGUGCAUCCUGACGGAGGGUCCCCACAGUGCCUUAUACACCAUGAUGAAGGACCAGUACGCCAACUACGUGGUGCAGAAGAUGAUCGACGUGGCCGAGCCCACCCAGCGCAAGAUCGUCAUGCACAAGAUCCGCCCCCACAUCUCCACCCUGCGGAAGUACACGUACGGCAAACACAUCCUGGCCAAGCUGGAGAAGUACUACAUGAAGAACGGGGUGGACCUGGGACCCCUGUGUGGGCCCCCCAACGGCAUCAUGUAAAGUCUGACCCCCCCACCCGACCCUCCAUCCUGCUCCUUAAGUCCUUGAUGCUAUGUAAAU